AACAAACCGGAUCUUAUCAUCCUUAAAAUGGACCGUUGAGAUCCUCUUUCCGGGUAUUGGCGCAAUGUGUCUUGCGACGAAGAUAUCCGGUAUGACAAGGCCAAUGCUAACAGCUACGAACCAGUUUCUGUCACACAUGCUCUGAAAAAUAUCCUAGACUUGAGCUCUGGGUUAUGAUGGAUUUCAAGCCGUCCGCUUCUGCUUUCUCCCUCCCACUUCCACUGUCACAACAACCGCAGAGUGUGCGCGUUGCUCGAUAUGAGCCUAGGAAACGAAGAAAACACUCCGAGGACUGGGAUGAAGAUACCUCAGAUGUAGGGGGAGAAACGACAGACGCCGUCUCUGAUUCCGGUGUGACUCUUUCCGGUACUGAUUUGAUCUUGUCGCCUGAAGAAGCCCACCAGUAUCGAAUUGCCGGUCUCCCCUUUGAUCAGGAGUUGCCUUCAGGUAACUUCCCCCAUGGGGCACCCAGGGACUGGACGCGUUCCAGUCGCCAAACGCAGAAUCAUAUCAUCGCACAACUACCAUCUUUAUCGCCUCCACUCUACCCUCCACAGUCUGCGGCUUACCAGGGAAAUCUCCGAUUGCAACAUCUUGCCGUGGUCACAUCCAUACUGCAUCGGUGCCUUCUGCAGGGUGACUACGUCCGCGCUGGGAGAGCAUGGGGGAUACUUCUUCGCGAGGAGUUCGGAGGCAAGCCCAUCGAUGUGCGCAACGAAGGGAGAUGGGGAAUCGGAGCGGAGAUCCUGUUACGGCGGGGCCAUCGGAUAUCUCACAACACUCCCGGGUCCGGAAGCUUAGGAAAUCUACAUCAUGGAACGGCAGAUGCCUCUGGACUUUGUUUUACUAGAGCCGGGUUCGAAGACGCUAAAAGAUAUUAUGAGAGACUUAUCAUUCAGCAUCCAUUUCGAAAGGCUGCGCCUGACGCGAUAUCCUCUUUACAUUUCUAUCCCGCAAUGUUCGGCAUUUGGAUAUAUGUUGUUCAAGAAGAAUGCAAUGCCGCCAGGAAAGAUAUACAGUGUCGCCUUGGAGAAUCUGAGUGGUUUUCGGAAGAUGAGGAGACCGGAUCAGAGUUUGAGGACCAACAUGGCGAAAGGCCAAGACGACGAGGUCUCCUCGCCGAGGUCGAUGAUAAAGAACGAGAUCAGGCGCAGCAAAUUGCGGCAAGGAUGGAUGAAAUACUCUCAUCCCCUCCGUAUUCUGACUCCCAGGAGCUAUUAGAACUUCGAGCGAUGGUCUCACUUUGGGUCUCCGAUCUUCUCAUCUCCUCUUUGCCGCAGGAAGAAUUGGACCUCCCCAAUGCCGAUUACGAUAAUGAUCUUAAGGUUAGGGAAGGGUUUCCCGGUUUGACUCUUGCAUGGCGAGAGCAGAGACUCGCAAUGGAACAGAGAGAGGCCGAGUUGCAGAAAUCGAGAAAAUUCUUUGAGAGAGCUAGGCAACGUGGCAGGAGCAUGACAAGUACCCUUGAAAAUUUUCGGAUUGACGAUCCAAAUUCCCCAAACCCCUCAUUGUGAACUCGUCUUAAUAUCUCGAAGGGUCAAAAGCAGGUCAGCGCAGAUAGAGAUACCAAAUUUUAGGCCAUUAUAAGUAUUUAACGACACAUGUUCAGGGACGUGUAUAAUUUGGACUGCAAUAUUUUUAUGUUCUUC